CUGCGCAGGACUUACGAUCUCGAAGCAUAGGGAUGGGCCUAAGCGUGCACAUUUGCGCUCGAGAGAAGCGUGCUUGUUGUUGUGAGAUCUGCUUCGAGACGCAAACGUCGAGAUAUGCCUACUGACUUUCGGGCAGAUUGAGCUGCGCGGCAAAAGAAAGGGGACACAAACAAAAACAUGUGGCGCGAGCUGUGAGAAAACGGUGGUUUGUCACACGCAUUCACCAGACCAGAGAAAAGCGACCGCAACAAAUGUUUCCUUGUGUAUGAAUUAGAGUUCUUGGCGAUGAGCCAUACUGCAGGUGAGGAGGUACGCAUACAUCAAAGUUGUGACUGACAGCAGGCAUCAUGGGUUUGCACUCAGCCCAGAAGAAGCACUUUCCUCUGCGGGGAAUCGAUGGAGUCGUUCAGUUGUUUGAUGCAGAGCUCCGGAAACCCGAGCCGGACUUGGCUCUUCUUUCACUGGUCUUGGGUUUUGUUGAGCACUUCCUGGCUGUGAACCGAGUCAUCCCCAUAAAUGUUCCAGGGGUCCGUUUUGAGCCGCUGGAGCCGGAUUGUCCCACGUCUUGCUUCCCCACAGUGGAGCUGGGCAUGAUUUCUGCUUUGUACGAGCGGUUCACAGCACAGAUCCGUGGGGCUGUGGAUCUGUCGCAGUAUCGGAGAACUGCUGCGGGAUCCAGCCGAGAGCUGGUGAAGAAGGUAUCGGAUGUGAUCUGGAACAGUCUCAGUCGUUCUUACUUCAAGGAUCGAGCCCACAUCCAGUCCCUAUUCAGCCUCAUCACAGGUACCAAACUGGAUAGUUCAGGAGUGGCCUUUGCAGUAGUGGCUGCCUGUCAGGUCUUGGGUCUAAAUGAUGUACACCUGGCACUAUCUGAGGACCAUGCCUGGGUGAUAUUUGGUAAAAAUGGUGAGGAGACAGCAGAAGUCACCUGGCAUGGGAAGGGUAACGAGGACCGGCGAGGACAAACAGUCACAGCAGGAGUCAAUGAGAAGAGCUGGCUGUAUCUGAAGGGUUCCUACAUGAAGUGUGACAGAAACAUGGAGGUGGCCUUCAUGGUUUGUGCCAUCAACCCAUCACUGGACCUCCACACAGACAGCUCCGAGCUUCUCCUGCUGCAACAGAAACUCCUCUGGCUAUUGUAUGAACGAGGCGACCUGGACAGAUAUCCCAUGGCCAUGGGCACUCUGGCAGACCUUGAAGACCAGGAACCAAUUCCAGGAAAAGAGAACCCCCUGAAAAUUCACCUGAAGGCCGUCAGUUCUGCGCAGAAGCACUAUAACAACGAGCACAUCUACCCCUACAUGUACCUGGCUGGUUUCCACUACAGGCACAGGAGUGUGCGGGAGGCCCUGAGGUCCUGGGCAGAGGCCGCCCAGGUCAUGCAGGACUAUAACUAUUUCCGCGAGGAUGAGGAGAUCUACAAGGAGUUCUUUGACAUUGCAAAUGAUGUUAUCCCUACCUUGCUGAAGGAAACAGCUACAGCAGCAGAGAGUCCUGGGGAGGGAGGAGAGGGGACAGAAGGAGGGGACAAGGAUCAGCCCAAGCAGGCAGCAGCUGUCUCUGCACUGCAGGACCCCGAGUGCUUUGCCCAUCUGCUGCGUUUUUAUGACGGCAUCUGCAAGUGGGAGGAGGGGAGUCCCACGCCGGUCCUUCAUGUGGGCUGGGCCACAUACCUUGUCCAGUCUCUGAGUCGCUUUGAUGCUCAGGUGCGUCAGAAAGUGACAAUCAUCACCAAAGAGCCAGAUCCCCAGGACGACGAUGACCAGUCGAGCGAGGACUUCAGGGAAGGACGCAGGCGUGGCCCCAGGAGGGAGUCCAAGCUGGAGGACCAGAGCUCUCCUCUUUCUGCUGCUCCUACCUCCCCGUGCAGCCAGCCGGCCGCAGUGGCAGCUCAGCCCAAGAAGGUGGGAGAAGGAGGGCUCCGCCGGCGCUCCUCCCAGGGACUACGUGCUGGAGACAUUGAAGGAAAACCCAAGUCCCCCAGUCUCCCAGACUCCGCAUCUUCUCCUUUCUCCCCGGAGCAGGCGCCCCCCUCGCCAGCUGGCACUGUAAUCACCUUUCAGAGUGAGAAGAUGAAGGGGAUGAAGGAGCUCCUGUGCGCUGCCAAGGUGAACUCCAGCGCCAUCAAGCUGCAGCUCACCGCACAGUCACAGGUCCAGAUGAAGAGGCAGAAGAGCACUCCGGCGGGGGAUUACUCCAUGUCAUUCCUGAAGCGCCAGCGCAAGUCACUGUAGACAUCCUGAUUGUUGCAGGAAGAGACUGUAGGACAUACUGUGAACAGAGACGGGGACACCGAUUAACCUCGAUCCUGCUUGUCAACAUUUUUACCAGUGUUUUCACCCAGAAAGCCCUCUCAGUCAAUAUCCUCCUAGUUCGAGCAAUAUGUCUGACAUGCACAGAUGAUCUUGAGUUAAGCGUCACUUAUCAGGUUGGAACAUUUAAUUGAGUUUUUAUUUAAGAAAUGGUUUCUGGAGACGUGCCUGGUUUGAUCGUCAGUUUGCGUUUUGAUUGGCAGCCAGUGGGACACGCUGCCUGUUAGGUAUCCAUUACAUGCUGUCUGGAUGUUUAAAGCCAAAGUGAUGAGGACCAGAACAUGAUUUUCAGAUGUGUAAAAUACCAACAUGAACUAACCUGUUCAUGACUGAAGCCUCAGAAGUGAUUAAAUUUAGGAUAGUUACUGUGUAACAUUGUCCACUCUGCUCUACUGACAGCUUCUUUCUUAUCAGCUCUAUGUUGCCUUACUUUGCCUUUCUUCUUUUUUAAAGUAGGUGGCCUUUAGUUUUGAGAAUAGCUGAGUUAGACUGAUUUCUAACAAUGAGAAGAGAGCAGUAAGACCAUGCACUGUUGAGACAGAGCCACAUUAGAUGGCACUGCUCCAUCUAAUUUGAUUGACUUGUGGUUUGUGUUCUUGUUUUUCUAUCUGCAAUAAUAAAGCUCUGAUGAAAAAGGAA